AUGGUUGGUUUGACUUCUGCAGGUGGAAUCAUUUCUUUGCUUGAUGAAUCAGAAGAACAACUUAAAAUUUAUGCACUUCAAAGACUUAAUUCUGUUGUUGAUCAAUUUUGGGCUGAAAUUUCAGAGGCAAUUUCUAAAAUCGAAAUCCUUUAUGAAGAUGAAUGCUUUCCUCAAAGAAAAUUAUCUGCUUUGGUGGCCUCAAAAGUCUACUAUCAUCUAGGUGAAUUCGACGACUCUUUAACGUUUGCAUUGGGAGCUGGUGAAUUGUUUGAUACGUCAUCUAAAUCUGAAUAUGUCGAAACAAUUAUUUCAAAAUGUAUAGAUAAAUACAUCAGUCUACGUACUCGACAAUAUGAAAAUCCUACGGAAGAAAUUGUAAUUGAUCCUCGUUUAGAAGUCGUUGUUGAAAGGAUGUUUCAAAGAUGUUUUGGUGAUGACGAAUUCAAACAAGCAAUCGGUAUAGCUUUGGAGUCUCAUCGUUUGGAUGUUAUUGAACAUGCAAUAUUAAAAGGUCAACAAGCAUCAGAGCUUCUCUCAUAUGUUUUAGAUUCUUGUAUGACAUUGGUGCUUAAUUUGGACUUUAGAAAUAAAAAUUUAAAUGAACCUGAUUACAUAUCAAUUAGUCAAUGCUUUGUCCAUCUUAAUGAUCCUUUAUCUGCAGCAAAGUUAUUAAAAGAUCUUAUUUCAAGAUGUGAUGAUGUAUCAUUUGAUCUUGAAGAAAAUGCAACACAAGAAUUUCUUGAGAAAAUUAUUGCUCAAUUCCCAGUUUCCACCAAACCACUUACUGAUACUAAAAUGAAAGCAACGGAAGCAACAGAGGCAACGGAAGCAACGGAAGCAACGGAAGCAACAGAGGCAACAGAGGCAACAGAGGCAACAGAGGCAAUAGAAGCAACAGAAGCAAUAGAGGCAACCAAUAGUAGUACGAAUGUUGAUACUAUUUCUGAAAGGAAAGACACUGAAGCGAUGGAAACAGAUGAAAUAGAGUUGCAACCUGUUAAUCCAUUUGAAGAUAAAUAUUUAAAAAUUCAAAGUAUCCUUUCUGGCGAGGAAUCAAUCAAACUAAACUUGGAAUUUUUAUACAGGAAUAAUCAUACUGAUUUAAUAAUAUUAAAAAAUACAAAGAAUGCAUUGGAAUCACGAAAUUCUGUUUAUCAUUCUGCAGUAACAUUCGCAAAUGCUUUUAUGCAUGCUGGUACCACAAGUGAUGAAUUUCUUCGCCAAAACUUGGAUUGGUUAUCGCGUGCUACAAAUUGGUCAAAGUUCAGUGCAACUGCUGCUCUUGGCGGGCAUUUAUCACAAGGACAAGCAUUACUUCAGCCAUAUUUGCCACAAGAAGGCGUUAGUGGAAGUUCAUAUUCAGAGGGUGGUUCAUUAUUUGCUUUAGGGUUGAUUCAUGCAAAUCAUGGUUCUGGAGUAUUAAAUUAUUUAAAAAAUGCUUUGAAAAAUACACAAACUGAAGUUCUUCAACAUGGUGCAUGUCUUGGUCUUGGGGCUGCUGGAAUGGCAACUGGAAAUGAAGAAAUAUAUGAGGAACUUAAGGGAAUAUUGUUUAGUGAUAGUGCAGUAGCAGGUGAAGCUGCGGGUUUAGCUAUGGGUUUAGUGAUGCUCGGUACUGCCAAUGAGAAAGCAAUUGAUGAAAUGUUACAAUAUGCUAAUGAUACUCAACACGAGAAGAUCUUGAGAGGUUUGGCUAUUGGCAUUGCUUUAAUUAUGUAUGGAAAAGAAGAAGCUGCAGAUUCUUUGAUUGAACAACUUAUUAGUAAUAAGGACCCUAUUCUUAGAUAUGGUGGUAUUUACACAGUAUCACUAGCAUAUUGUGGAACAGGCAACAACAAGGCCAUAAAAAAACUAUUACAUGUUGCUGUGAGUGAUGUGAAUGAUGAUGUUCGUCGUGCUUCUGUUACAGCUUUGGGUUUAAUUUUGUUCAGAACACCAACUCAAGUUCCUAGGAUAGUUCAAUUAUUGGCAGAAAGUUAUAAUCCAAAUGUUCGUUAUGGUGCUACUUUGGCUUUGGGUAUUUCGUGUGCUGGAACUGGUCUCAUGGAAGCUAUUGAACUUUUAGAACCAAUGACUAAGGAUCCUGUUGAUUUUGUUAGACAAGGUGCUUUUAUCUCCCUUGCUAUGAUUCUGAUACAACAAAAUGAAGCUACCAAUCCAAAGGUGGCAACAACAAGAAAAUUAUAUGAAAAAAUUAUAAAUCAUAAACAUGAAGAUGCAAUGGCUAAAUUUGGCGCAGUUCUUGGGCAAGGAAUUAUUGAUGCUGGUGGUAGAAAUGUUACAAUUUCAUUACAAUCAAGAUCUGGACAUUCUAAUAUGCCAGCUAUUGUAGGAAUGGCAGUAUUCACUCAAUUCUGGUAUUGGUUCCCAUUGACUCAUUUCUUGAGCCUUGCAUUUACUCCAACUGCACUUAUUGGUUUAAAUAAAGAUUUAAAGAUUCCAAAAUUUGAAUUUAUAUCCAAUGCCAAGCCUUCGCUAUUUGCAUAUCCAGCCACCAUUAAACCCCCAACAACCAAUGUUGUAGAAAAGGAUGAGAAAAAAGAUACCAUUGAAAAUGUUAAAAAAGAAGAAAAGGAUGAACAAAAAGAUGAGCAAAAAGAUGAACAAAAAGAUGAACAAAAAGAUGACAAAAAAGGCAAAAAGAAAAAGGAAGAAUCGUAUGAAAUUCUUGAAAAUAUGGCACGUGUUUUACCUGCUCAAUUGAAGUAUAUAUCAUUUAAAGAAGAUACUCGCUAUGUUCCUGUUAAAAAGGGAAUUGUUGGAGGUAUUAUAAUGAUGUUGGAUAAAACACAAGGUGAACCAGAAGAAUUCAUUCUAUCUAGCACACCUACUGCUACUGAGGUUACCGAGGAGGAAGAAGCACCACCACCAGAGCCUUUUGAAUAUCCAUUUGAUGAAUAA